AUGUCCACCGCCCGGUCCCCGGUUGCGGAGAACGGCUCCGAGGUAAACCCAUUUGAAUUCCUGGCAUGCGACAGCAAUGAGCAGCAGUUGUGGGAGGAGGUGUACCUGCGGCAGUUCCCUGAUGCCCAGGAGUUUGGGGCCUUGACGUUGGAGGAGCAACGGGAGAUUGUGGCGGAGUUGCAGGAAGAAGUGGAUCUGCUGGAAGAGGAGACAACAGUGUUUCUGCGCCACGCAGAGUCUUUGCGAAUGCCACGCGUCCCCAACGCCCUUCUCGGUUCGCCCACGAACAGAAGAAAAUCCAUCUCGACACUUCUUCUCUCCGAACCUCUCCCGCAGGCGCCGGAGGAUAGCACUCUGAGUGAGAAUCUGGUCGCGACGAGCGGGGAACUCGGCGGGGAGGCCAUCGCCCUCUCAUCUUCCAGCGUCCGCCGGGGUCAGGCGUACAGUCGCAAGUCGGUAGACGCCAAUGAAAUGUACGUCACACUAGAGGACCGCGUGGCGAUGCUUACAAAGGAGAGGGACAGGCUUCGGCAGCAGCGGGAAAAGGACGAAAAGGAGGGAGAACAUCUACACGAAUUGCUCACAGCGACUGUGAAGGAAGCCGUUGGACGCUCGAAGGAACUUCGGCUGGAGUUGCUGCAGUUUAAACGGGAGGUGCUGAACGAGGGAAGCAGCACCGCCUCAUCAGACGACUUGCUGCGAUUUAUGGCAAAGCGCUACAGCAUGCAGGCAAAGUACCUGGACAAGUUGAAUGUUCAGUGUGCGGCGGCGGAGCGAAAUAUCACGCAGACCCAACAGCAACUACGACAACGCCAUGCGGCUGGGGAGGCCUUUCGCGCCAUUGACUUUGAACAGCUCCGCAUUGAGAACCAGCAGUUUAAUGAACGCAUCGAGCGGAAGAAUUUAGAACUUGUGGAAUUGAAGGGAACGUCCACACGCACCGUGCAGACGCUCAACACACUCAUGGAUGCACUCAAUGGACUUACGGCGGAACAGAACCGUCUGCGAAAAGACCUAAAAAAUCGUUGUGAAUAUUUGGCACGACUGCAGCGGGAGAUGGUCUCCGUCACGUCGGAGGCGGAUGCUGCGGAGCGUAAAAACGCUACCAUCAAAUCCCAACAUGAGGCUGUCCGUGUGCCAAAGAUCGAACAUUAUUUAGCACAAAAAGCCGAGGAGUACGAACUUCAAAAGGCGGAACGGCACUGGAACCGCAAGGUUGAGAUUGCCGGGGGGCAAAUGCGUCUUGUGCAGCAGCAAAUACGUGCGUUGGCCAGAGCCACACAACCUACACGAAGGUGGUGUAAGCGGACGGGGCAUCAAAUGAGAACUCCCUCAAAAUCCCACGCAAAGAGUUCACCAGGAACAGGUGAAAGUGUAACUUUAUUUGCGGAUACUGAAGGGAAUUUUGAAGUAGAGACCCAGAAAAAUGUCUCACCUGUUGUUGGAGGAAGCAAAGCGCUUCUGAAUAUGAAGCGAAAGAAAUGA